GUAAUUAAAAAGGUGAGUCAGGCUUCAAGUUUCAAUUUCUUGUGGAUUACCCAUACGAAAAACUAAUUAAAUAAAGCUAAGUAUAGUAGCUGUGGUAAGCCUUAUCAUUCCUCCUAAUGGCUGAUGUAGACACAAACAUCUUUAUUUAUACUGAAAAUACCUUGAUGCCAUUUAAUGCCAUGCAGUCUGUAAGAUAGAUUCUGAUGGUUUCAAAUUAUUAUUAUCACAAGAACAGGAUUUAAUCACACUGUCCAUCAGAAAACAAAAAUUGUGUUCUAUGUAGAAUGGAUUAUGAUGUUGAGUGCUAUAUUGCAUAUGGAACUCCACUUGAACCCUUAGAAGAAGAUGAAGCUCCUACAAAAAAACCUUCACAAGAUCAGAGAGUUACAGAUGAAGAAGGAAGAGUUCGUUUUCAUGGUGCUUUUACUGGAGGGUUUUCAGCAGGGUACUUUAACACUGUGGGUACCAAGGAUGGUUGGGCUCCUUCAUCUUUCACCUCAUCACGAGCUAAAAAAGCAGAGAGUAUUGAACAACAUCCUGAAGAUUUUAUGGAUGAUGAGGAUUUAGGAAAGUAUGGAAUAGCACCUAAACAUAUUCAAACAACUCAGAAUUUUGGAGUACCUUAUGUUAACCAGGAAAGAAAACAGACUUUCCCUGUGUCAACAGAAGGACCAAUACCUGGGGAUCCACCACUGAAAGAUUUGAUACUCCCUGUAAAUGAAUCUAUAGGUGUUCAUCUUUUGAGAAAAAUGGGUUGGAGACCUGGCCAAGGAAUUGGGCCAAGAGUAAAGAAGAGACAGAAGCAACAAAAUCCAGGUGUUAAGAUAUAUGGAUGUUCUCUACCACCUGCUGAAUCAGAAGAAGAAGAGGAUCCUUAUAGAGAAGACUUCACUUUUGCUCCACUUGAUUUGGACUUACAGCCAUACACACAAAAAGAUAAUCUUCAUGGUAUUGGAUACAAAGCAUUAAACAGAGUUCCUGUUUUAUCUUACCACAUAGACCUUCUCCAGCCCACUCCCACAGUUGAUGUAUUGAAUAAAGAAAAAAAGAAGCUAUCCAUUUCAGGACAGGCUUUUGGUGUUGGUGCCUUUGAAGAUGAAGAUGAAGAUAUCUAUGGAAAGGAUGACAUGUCUCAGUAUGAUUUUUUUCUUGGUGGGGAAGGAGAUAAAUAUGAUAGAAAAGCUAUUGGAAAGUUAGCCAGUCACUUAAGUGAGGCUCUUGAGGGAUUUCACAUGGCUUCAAAACCUGCCAUAAGAAAGAAAUAUUUUCCACCACCAAGUUUACCUUCAGAUUUCAAGCCUAUGCAUGUAUAUACUAAGAAGACUGAAGCUUCAUCUUUGAGCACCAGACGUUUUAACAGACAUGCACUUACAGCCAAUGACAGGGGAAUGAUUCUUGGAGAAAAACACUUACUUGAUACAGGUUCAGUUUUUGAUCUUAUAUCUGAAGAGGACAAAGAGAAAUUGAAUGACAUCAAAAAUUUUACCAAGAAAAAUGUUAAAGAAUCAUCAAGCUUAUUUUCAAAUUCUUUGGUAGCUAGUAAUACAAGCUCAAACUUCAAACCUUAUGCAAGUGACCCGGAAAAACAGCAGAGAUAUGAUAUGUACUUGGAUUUAGUGAAGCAGGGGAAAAAAGAGUCUCUGGAACAAUUUCAGCCAGCAUCUAUGACAGAAUGGGAGAAACAAGGUGAAAAGGAAGAAUUUCAGAGAGCAGUGAUGUUAUAUAGCUCAGUCACAGGGUCAUUAAAUUCCCGAUUUGUGUCAUCUGUUCACCAAGAAAAUAAUAAUGUGGAAGAACCUGUUGAUAGAGAGGCAACUAGUGACCAAGCUAAGGCUGCAGAGAUGAAGAUGUUUGGCAAUAUGACUAGAGAAAAGUGCGAGUGGCAUCCACAUCCUUUCCUGUGUAAAAGGUUCAACAUUCCAAACCCAUUUCCAGACUGUACCAUAGUGGGAUCAUCGAAAGUCAAACAUGAUAAAUUUUCAUUAUUUAAUAUUCUGGAGUCUCCAGCAAUGACUGAAGUCAGGGGUCACAAUUUAUCAAUGAAAGCAAUGAACGAAAACAAAACAAGUUUGAAAAAAAUACAUGAUGAAACACCAAGUACUUCAACUGCUCUGAAUGAAGUUAAACCCUGCUCUUCAAAUGUAGAAAUACAGGUGACUGAGAGAAAACAAGGACAGGGAAAAAAAAGAUGUCCCUCCAUUGAUCUAUUUAAGGCAAUCUUUCAAGAUUCUAGCUCAGAUGAUGUAAGCUCUUCAGAUAAGGAAGAGGAUACUUCUAGCACAACUGUUCGUAAAACGUCUGAGGUUAAGAUAAUUUCAACCACUGGUGAAAGAAGAGAUUUUGUGGUUGGACCAUUUGUCUCAGAAAAGUCGCUAAAAAGACUUCCACCUCCACCAACAGGUGUUUUUGCUAACUUAGAUCUAGAUUCUCUUUGCAGAAGACCAGAAAGAAUAGAGAAACUAGAGAGUUGUUCUGAUAAUAGGGAUGGUCAGAAGGAAACUGUUGUAAGAAUGCAAAUCGUAACUAAUGAUGAAAUGUCCAAAAAAGACAGGCAACUGCCAAAUAAUGGUCAUGAUAAAUCUUUGAAACUUGGACUUAAUAGGGAAGAAGUUUAUGGGCCAAAACUACCUCCAGAUAUGGAAAUGAUGAGCACACAAGAUAGUAUGAAGAAAAGAAAAAUGAGAAUGGAAUCAAAACAUAAGAGAGAAAAAUACAAGCAUAAAAAGAAGAAACACAAGGAAAAGCUAAAAAAGAAAUGCAAAAGAACCCAUUCUCUCAAACGUCCAAAAACAGGUUCAAAUAGAAAUGACAGUGAUACCAGCAGUGGAAAUUAUUCAUCUUCAGAACCAGAUUGACUCUUCAAAAUUUAUAUAAUUUCUUUUUUUUAAAACCUAAGGAUAUCUGAAAUGCAAUGAUAUUCAAAUUGUAGUGUUCAUUUGUGCAAUAAAUGAAUUGAAAGUAUAGUUUUGCUAUUGA